AUGUAUGAUGACAUUAAGAGAAGAGAUGGGAAUAUGUCAAUGAGAUGGCAUGUUUUUUCAAGGGAAGGAUUUAGACGAGAGCAAUAUAUUAAUAUGCUCAAUCGUAAGAAGCGACCAAAACCAAUUACAAGAACUAGUUCCCAGGCAGCUCUCCGAGUGGUUAAUAUGAAAGGAAAUAACCUCUGGUUGGCGAAGGAGUUUAGCCACACGCAUAAUCAUAAGAUGGUAUCUGUAGCAAAAUUACAGUUCCUAAGAUCAAAUCGUGAGGUGUCUGAUGGUUUUCUUGCACAAGUUCGUUCUAUGAACUCAAUUGGUAUAAAGACUUCCAAAAAAAUGUCACACCUUGCCAUGCAAUCCGGAGGUCACAAGAGAACACCAAGUCAAAUCAGAGAUGUGUACAACAGGGUUGCAAUUGCGGCUCGAGAAGAAAAACUGGAAACAGAUGCUGAAGGUGCAUUAGGUUUCCUCGAUUGUCUAUCUGCACGAGAUCCCAAUUUUUAUGUGUACCACCAAGCAGAAACAGAAAAUAGGCUUGCCAAGGUUUUCUGGGCUAAUGGAAUAUUAAGAAGAAACUACAUGGCUUUCGGGGAUGUCAUAGCUUUUGACACAACUUACAUAACAAACACAUACAGCAAGCCCCUUGCUAUCUUAAUUGGUGUGAAUCACCACUUCUCCACUUGCAUUUUUGGAUUUUCCCUACUAGUCGAUGAGGAAAACCCUUUUUAA